AUGUGCAACAACUUCGUUCAUUCUACUGUGAAAGAUCUCAUAACAUCAGAACAAGUGUUAUGUCACUACAACCCGGAGCUACCUGUGAAGCUUGCCUGCGACGCUUCGCCUUACGGAUUAGGAGCCGUGCUAUCACACAUCAUGCCUGAUGAUUCCGAACGACCUAUCGCGUUCGCAUCACGGUCCUUGACGAAAGCGGAAAAAGCCUAUUCACAGAUAGAUAAGGAAGCUCUUGGUUUAUACUGGGGAAUUAAGAAAUUCCAUACUUACCUGCAUGGCCGUCGUUUCACAUUGAUGACAGACCAUAAGCCAUUAGUCAGUAUACUCCAUCCUCAGAAGUCAAUACCUGCUAUGACUGCAGCAAGACUACAAAGAUAUGCGUUAUUCCUCGCUGGUCAUACAUACGACAUCGAAUACCGCAGUACCCAUAACCACUGCAACGCUGAUGGACUCAGCAGAUUACCACUAUCCAGCUCUGCUACAGAAAAUUACAUCGAUGAAGCAUCUGUGUUUUAUACAUCUCAACUGGAGAAAUUACCUGUUUCAAGUGUCCAAGUACGGAGAGAAACACAACGUGACCCUAUACUAUCAGAAGUUCUCGACUGUGUUUUUCGGGGAACAAGCAAACUUCCGAAAGAUGAUGUAUUCAAACCAUACCGUAACCGUGAGACAGAGCUCACUUGUCACCAAAACUGCGUAAUGUGGGGAAAUCGUGUAGUCGUGCCAGAAACCCUUCGUACUACCGUUCUAGAGGAACUACAUGAUGGACACCUAGGCAUUAUAAGAAUGAAGAACCUAGCACGUUCAUAUGUGUGGUGGCCGAACAUUGACAGUAAUAUAGAGCAGAUGUGCAAGUCAUGUGUUGGUUGUCAAACUACUAGCAACAUGCCGAAGGCAGCCCCUGUACACCCUUGGGACUGGCCAACAACCCCUUGGGAUCGCUUGCAUGUCGACUUCGCUGGCCCUUUCAUGGACUCCAUGUUUCUAAUCGUUGUGGAUUCUCAUUCGAAGUGGCCCGAAGUAUAUCCAAUGAAAUCUACAACUACCAGCCUAACCAUCGAGAAACUACGUAUUCUCUUCAGCCAGUAUGGUAUCCCACGACAAUUGGUCUCUGACAAUGGACCACAAUUCACGUCCAAGGAAUUUGAAAUGUUCAUGAAACAGAACGGAAUCCGGCAUAUUACCUCCGCGCCCUAUCAUCCGCGUACUAACGGACUGGCAGAAAGAUUUGUACAAACUUUCAAAAUGUCAAUGAAACAUGCAAAGGGAGAUAACAGGAACCGCUCGUUACAGGAACAGUUGAGUGUUUUUCUGUUGAAAUACAGAACCAAACCACAUGCACUUACCAAUGAAACACCUUCAAAAUUGCUUUAUGGACGCAAUUUACGUACCAGAUUGGACCUCGUCAAACCUGAUUUGACUGGUAAAGUUUUGGAGAGUCAAAACCGUAUGAAGUUGUCCAAACAUUGUAGUGCUACCGUCCGAGAAUUCACACCAGGUCAACGAGUAAUGGUACGUGAGUAUCGCUGCUCAGACAAGAAGUGGAUACCAGCUCAAAUUCAGGACCAGACUGGACCGCUUUCCUACACUGUCGACCCAGGACAUGGUAUUUUGUGGCGACGUCAUACUGAUCAACUACGCCCUACUGCAGUGGAUCCUACCACGACAGUAUCACCAGAAACGCUGCAACUACCAGAACCUGCUAUUCCUGCAAUUUCCAUUCCUUCUACAAUUGCAGACAGGGAGACUAUGUUAUCUAGGCAAGUGACCUCUUCUACAAGGCCGAAAGGGACACCUGCUACAAAAUCACCAUCUGUACCGGAUGUCGCAUCAUCUCGACGUUAUCCGCGUAGGGAGAACAUACAUCCUCCUAUUAAACUGGACUUGUAA